AUGGUAUCAAUUAUAAUUGCAGUAGGUCAGAGACAAGAGAUAUUAGUGUGGGCUAUAGCAGUCAGGGACAACUGUGGAGAGGAGGUGAGGGAUCAUGGCACCAUUGGUCACCAGCAGCUCUACUGGAGUCACCCUCAUAAAUUUGGCCAGGGGUUUUGGGCAUUCCACAUGUGUUCAAACCAUCAUAGCCUUAUCCACAAGUACGGCCUGAACAUGUGUCACCAGUGCUUCUGUCAGUAUGGGAAAGACAUUGGCUUCAUCAAGUUGGACUAA